AACAGAUAAAUCUAGGUAUAGAAGCAUAAAUAACCCUGACAUACAACUUGGUCCACCUUAAAGGAGAGAACGAGAUGUAGGGGAUGGAAAUGACCUGGAGCAUGCGCAACGCCUUAUUGCCAGUGCAACAAUUGGCAGUUUCCGAACUCGGUUAUACCGGAAACAAUAUUAAACACUAGAUAGAUCGAUAAUGCGUGUUAUCUGCUGUGGAAAAAUAUUGAUCUUCCUGCUAUCGUUCUCAUUAUGUAAUUGCGAAGAAAAAGAAGAAUCGGAUAAAGAAAAAGGUCAAAAAACUUCGGAUCAAGAUGCUCUGUUAAAGAGAUGUUAUGGGGAAUGGGGAUGCUUCUCCAUAGGAGAACCUUUCUUAUCCAUCUAUCGUCCUGUUAAUUUAUUUCCUAUGCAUCCAGAUAUCUUAGAUGUAAAAUUUUUUCUUAAAACUAGAGAUAAUCCGGAUGUUUUUAAAGAAUUAAAAAUAGUAGAAAAUGCUUCCUUACCUGAAAAGGAUUUCGUGGCUACUCGCCCUCUUAAAUUCAUCAUCCAUGGAUACUUAGAACAUGGACAUCAGAAGUGGAUUCAGGAUUUAAUUAGAGAAUUAUUAACGAAGGAUGAUUAUAAUAUCAUUUCUGUGGAUUGGGUUUAUGGUGCCGCUCCUCCGUACACUCAAGCAGUCUCUAAUGCAAGAAUAGUUGGAGCUAUUGUUGCUAACUUUAUGCACUUUUUAGAGGAGAAACACGAUAUAUCACCCGCAGAAGUACAUUUAAUAGGUCAUAGUUUAGGCGCACAUGUUGCUGGAUACGCGGGUGAAAGGUUACAAGGUCUUGGAAGAAUUACGGGAUUGGAUCCUGCAGAACCAUAUUUUCAAUACACUGAUCCAAAGGUUAGACUUGACCCCACCGAUGCACAGUUCGUCGAUGUCAUUCACACCGAUGGAGGAAGUAUUAUUAUUGGAGGACUGGGAAUGAUACAAGACUGCGGCCAUGUUGAUUUUUAUCCAAAUGGUGGGAAACGUCAACCAGGAUGUAACAAUGGCGUUAUCGGAUCUAUAGAAAAAGAAGGUGAUCUUUUAUAUGGUAUAAGGCGUUAUCUAGGUUGCAGUCACAUAAGGGCGUACGAAUUCUUUAUCGAAUCAGUCAACACGGACUGCCCAUUUUUGGGCUACGUCUGCGACAGUUAUUAUAAUUUCACUAAUGGAAAAUGUUCUCACGGGUGUGGGGAAGACAAUUCAUUGUGUGCUCAUAUGGGUUAUAGAGCCCACGAAUGGAGACCUUACGCCAAACCAGAACCUACCAAAAUGUUUUUGGAAACAGCUAACUUCGAACCAUUCUGCAGGUAUCAUUAUCACGUGAAGAUAACCUGUUCGGAUUCAGAAGAAGCAAAGAAACACGGUAAAGAGAGAGGAAGACUUUUCAUUCGAAUUACAGGCAAGAAGGGGCAGACACGAAUUCUCGAAGCCAGCAAAGAACACAUUCAGUAUGCUCCAGGUUCAACUAUAGAGUUCAUCGUCAGUGCUCACGAUUUGGGUAAGCUUUUGAGACUAGAUAUGGAGUGGAGAUCGGCUUCAUCACUGUUCAAUCCCUUGUCGUGGAGAUUGUUUAAUGCUCCUCAAGUGUACAUUAAAGAAGUAGAAAUAACAAAUUUAGAAUUCGGAAUAGCGACCGUCUUUAGUAUUAGAGACGAAGCAAUAGAACCACAGAAAAUCAAAACUAUUUUCGUAUAAAGAAUAAUUGUGAGAAUUUUAAUAGAAGAAAACGCACAUUGGCGAUCGAGUCGAAAACCUUUUUUGUUUUUUUAAUAAUAUAUUUCCAUUUUAUGAGAAAAAUUUAACUAAUUUUAUAUGAAUAUUCAAUAUAGU